UUCCGCUUCACCCACCCAACUCAUUUGCUCGCUCUCCUCUUCCUCCCUCUCCCCGCACCAAAAGCAGCAAGCUCUGCUCAGCAUUUUGCUCGAAAGAAACCUACGCACACAUACCAUGGCGGCAUCAGCGGCCUGCUCCUUCUUCUUCUUCGACGCCGAGCCGCUCAGCGAGCCCGGCAUGCCGGCGCAGGACGCGUGCGCGCUCUGCACCAAGCCGCUGGCGCGCGACAGCGACAUCUUCAUGUACAAGGGCGACACGCCCUUCUGCAGCGAGGAGUGCCGCGACGAGCAGAUGCAGCUCGACGCCAUCGCCGCCAGGCAGGCCGCCCGGAGGCAGCAGCGGUUCUCGUCGGGAACGGAGGCCCGCAGCGGGCACCAGGAGUCCAGGAAGGUGUCCGUCGCGAGCUAGCCGGCAAAGCACGCCGCCCCGUAGAGUAGAGCUCGGCUUGAAUCAACGGGAUCCCAAGAGUCACCGAUCUGGCGAGACCAAGGAGAUUGAUCUCUCCGCUUCGUCUCGCCCGAGCCGGAGGAGCAGUGAAGGAUCUGAGAAAGUUCAUGCGCUGAGGCUCCGGCCAUCUGGGUCGCCCACUGGACGCCUCCUUCUCCUGGCUCCGACUGGCUCCUUUUUGCCUCUGUGUGCGUGCGUGAUUGUUUGAGGCUUUUGAGCCACGGUUGUCGCAACACCAUAUGUAAAUCCAAACCAUCUGGAAAUCCCUGUUUCAACACAAAUUUUUGCCCAAA